AUGCUCCUGCUGCGUCGUUUCGUUCGACACGCGAGUCUUUCGUCGACUACCGCCUUGCACACACUGAAAUUAUCGACGCUAUCAUCUUCUCCGCUGAAUGUGCUGGUCAUUGAUGGCUACGCGCCUGAUGGCCGCACCGAACUUGAAGCUGGUGGCGCUAGCACAGCCGGUAAGCUUUACGUCGAUCUGUUGAAUAACGCAGCGCCUGCAGGUGUAAAAAUUGCAUCAGAGAUUGUAUUUCCUUCUGAUAAUGACUUUGAGACUCCAGAUUUAUCUCAGUACCAUGCAGUCGCGUGGACAGGCUGUUCAUUGACGAUCCACAAUACUAGAGAUGUCCGUGUCACCAAGCAGAUUGAAUUAUCAAAAAAGAUCUUUGAGGAAGGCAUUCCGCAGUAUGGUAGCUGUUGGGCGGCUCAGAUUGCAGUUGCUGCUGCAGGAGGUUUUUGUGGACCAAACCCUCGAGGUCGUGAGAUGGGCAUUGCGCGCAAGAUUCAGCUCUCUCCAGAAGGCCGUGCACAUCCGAUGUUUGAGGGCAAGCCAUCAGUGUUUGAUGCUUUUACGAGUCAUAGCGAUGAAGUGACCCACAUGCCUUCUGGAGGACUUGCGCUAGGUGGAAACGAGUUUACAACAGUACAGGCAGUUGCAAUACGUCACAAGAAGGGCGACUUUUGGGCCGUACAAUACCAUCCAGAAUACGACUUGCACGAGCUCGCGCGACUCACGUACUGCCGUCGUGCUAAACUCGUUGGUCUGGGAUUCUUUGCUGAUAUGAAGAGCGCGGACCAGUAUGUGGAUGAUUUAGAAAAUUUGCACAUCAAUCCAUCUCGAUACGACAUUGCGUGGCGUCUUGGACUGGAUGCAGACGUCAUGGAUGAGAACAUUCGCCACUGUGAGACGCGCAACUUCAUUAAGUAUCUUGCGCUUCCAUACAAAGCGGCGACAGUGGUCAAGUAA